CACGUACACGUGACGUAACUACGUCGUGACCACAGUGUCGCUCGUUUGAUGACGUGCGAAUAGAACGCACGAAAAGGUACACAACGGCAUCGGUUAACAAGCUUCUUCUACCUUAGCUAGCUAAAUUAGAGUUAUCACGCCACGUUUUAGUACGCAUUUCUUUUUACUUUAAGCUUGGGAAUCGACAGUUUAGGAUCAAGAUGUCGUACAUGCUACCACAUCUCCAUAAUGGCUGGCAGGUUGACCAAGCCAUCCUGUCUGAGGAGGACCGAGUCCUCGUGAUCCGCUUUGGACACGACUGGGACCCAACAUGUAUGAAAAUGGACGAAGUUCUCUACAGCAUCGCUGAAAAGGUGAAGAAUUUCGCCGUCAUAUACCUGGUGGACAUCACAGAAGUGCCUGACUUCAACAAGAUGUACGAGUUGUACGACCCCUGCACCGUCAUGUUCUUUUUCAGGAACAAGCACAUCAUGAUUGAUUUGGGUACCGGCAACAACAACAAGAUAAACUGGACAAUGGAGGACAAGCAGGAGAUGAUUGACAUUGUUGAGACAGUGUACCGUGGAGCAAGAAAGGGAAGAGGUCUGGUGGUGUCCCCAAAGGAUUAUUCUACAAAAUACAGAUAUUGAGAUUUUUUUUUUUUUUUUUUUUUUUUGAUGUACCUUUUUUUGAGGAGUUGUUUCCCCCCCCUCCCCCCCCCCCGAUUUUUAGUGACGCACAGACUACAAGUUACACAAUUCAAGGAAGAUCUUUUUUAACAUUUUAGUUUUUUGCUAUGAAACAGAACAAUAUUCCUACCAGUGGUAAUGACUUUGUGCCAUUUGUGUUUUUUUGUGCGCAGAUCGACGUGUUUUCAGUUUCUUUAACAACUGUGUUUUUUUUAAAAACUCAACUAUGAAACAGGUGCUUAAGAAACCAGACACAGUGUAAUACAAAAUCCUCAUAUUUGAAUGUUGUAAUAAACACAGAUGGAUAUUUACAUUUGAAA